CUGUACAUAUAUAUUCAAUUUGGAUUGUUGUUGUACAGCAGCAAAUGGUAGCUUAUAAGAAUAUUUUUUGUCUCUUUGGUUACAGUACCGAAGAUUUCGAAAUAUUUUAAACAACAAAAAGACAGGAAAUGACAACAGUUGUUAAAACACGCUUACAGUUAAAACCAUAGCUUGAAUAAUCUCUUUUUGGUUUUGAGUCGUUCAGCUUCGUCAUAUCCCAUUGCGGGAAAGUCCAUUUAAAAUCCAACAAAUUGUUUGUCGCACGUGUAGAAUGUAUCAGGCAAAAGGGAACGUAACUGGACAGCAAUAUCUCAAAAACUCGUUACACAGUUAUCAGUUUGCAUCCAAUUUGCAAUUCAAUGAACGAAUAAACGAUUUAAAAGAAAAAGGCCAGAAAAUCUUUCAUCUUGGUUUUGGUCAGUCUCCAUUCCCUGUCCCACCACAUGCAGAACAAGUCCUCAAAGAAAAUGCUGGACGGGCUGAAUAUUUCCCUGUGAAAGGCAUACUAGAACUUAGAAAAGCAAUCAUUGAUUUCCAUGCUAAGCAAGAUGGUCUACAUCAGUUUACUUUAGAGAACUGUGUUGUGGGCCCAGGAUCAAAAGAACUUAUCUUUUUAUUGAUGUCAGUUAUUGGUGGGGAUGUCUUACUCCUCUCCCCUACAUGGACUACCUAUAAACCCCAAGCAGUAUUAUCUAACCACAAAGUUUUUGUUAUCCCUACAAGUUAUGAAAAACACUGGAAACUCACGCCAGCCAUGAUAGAAAAAGUGUACAGUGAAAACACAAUCAAGGAGAACAGUCUGCUUAUCUUCUGCAAUCCAGACAAUCCAACUGGGAGUAGCUACACUAAAGAUGAACUUAUAGCUCUUGGAUCUGAAAUGAGAAAAAGGAAAAUGCUUGUUUUAAGUGAUGAGAUUUAUGGACGACUUUCAUUUAACGAUAAUCACUUAAGCUUGGCGCAGUUUUAUCCUGAGGGUACAGUCUUAUCUUGUGGGAUAUCCAAGUGGGCAAGCUGUGGGGGUUGGAGACUUGGUUACCAUCUAUACCCUUCCCAUUUAAAAGAUAUCUGUAAUGUGGUUGCUGGAGCUGCAAGUAACACCUACACCAGCGCAGCUGCACCAAUACAAUUGGCAGCAGUCUCGUUGUUGCAGUAUGAUGAACACAGUCAGAAUUAUGUAAAGCACUGCAAGAGGAUACUGCACAGAGUAGCUACAUUCUGUUGCAAAAAACUAUCUUCGUGUGGUGUUAAAGUCCAUCUCCCAAGCUCUGGUUAUUAUAUUUUCCCUGACUUUGAAGUGAUAAGAGCACAGUUAGAAAAACGAGGCAUAACAACUGGUAGUGGCAUGUGUGACGCAUUACUGGAAGAGGCUGGAAUAGCAUUAAUGUCUGGAGGUCCUGCGUACUUACACCCAUUAGAUCAACUUACUGUUCGUUUGUGUUACAUCAACUUUGACGGUACUAAAGCUUUAAAGGCAAGUGAAGCAAUAGGUUUAGGUGAACAUCUGCCUGAAUCUUUCGUCGAAACUGAAUGCUCUGAAACAUAUCAAGCUAUAAACAUUCUGCAUGACUGGGUAGAGAAGCAAAAAAAGCUUUAAUUCAUUUAGUACUGUGGGGUAAGAUGGGUACCGAUAUCACAUAUUAUCCUAUGUUUUCGGAUUGUGUUUUUAACAAUUAACAACGCUCUUUUAGUGUUGUGAGGAUACUGUUAUACAGUUUUAUAAAUAUUCUUUAUUUAAUACCAAGUAUUAUGAUACAAUGUGUUGAAAACAUGAACCAUCUUACAAUAGCUUAUUAGAACACUUAUAGUGGUCGCUAUAGCUUUAAUUUAGCCAUACGUAGCGUUAAUUAUGGUAUGGAGACAUUUAUAAAUGACAUUGUUAUUUAGUAAUAAUAAUAUUAACUUUUUA